AUCCUUCCGCUGUCCCAGCCCCAACCCCCAACUUCAUGAAGAUCUUUAUAAGAAUUGAGGCAGCAGCUUCAGAGACAAACUUGUCCCUGCGUAAAGCGAUAUCCAUCACCUCACAGGACAAAACUUGGCUCCAUAUAAGAAUUAAGGCAGCCAACUUGGGAGACAGACUUUCCUGUAGAAAGAGUUAUCCAUCAGCUCAACAGGACUGAACCUGGGUAAACAAUAGAAGAUGAGAUUCGUCACCAAGUUCAGCCUUUACCUUCUUGGAAUUCUGGUCUCCAGUUCUUUUCCAGGAGCCAAGACCAGCUCAUGUCCCAGGGAUUGGAUGCAAAACCAGGGCAACUGCUAUGCUUAUUUUGAUUUUAAGAUGUCAUGGGACGAUGCUGAGAUUGAGUGCCAGAGCUAUGGCCGUGGGACCCACCUUGCCUCUAUCCUCACUGAGAAAGAGGCAGCCUUGGUAGCCAAGCACAUCGCCACAUACCAGAAAAAUCCAAGUAAUGUCUGGAUUGGGCUCCAAGAUCCCCGUGAGAAUGGGCGCUGGAGGUGGGCUGAUGAAUCAACUUUCAAUUACCGAAGCUGGAACGAAGGGGAACCAAACAACGUGGGCGGUGUGGAGUAUUGUGUGGAGUUGCUGCAUGGCUCUGGUUUACGGAAGUGGAAUGAUAGAAUAUGUGAUCAAAUGAAUACCUUCAUUUGCAAGCAAGAGCUGUAAAGCAGUCCUACAGUUCCCAACAGUGCCAGCUGAAGUCAGAUGACUCUGGUAUCAUUUUCUCCUCCGACAUCCUUCAAAGUGAAAGACCAGCUAUCUCCAAUGACUCUAAAAUAAACAUUCAUGUCUAUA